AUGACAUCCGAUAAACAAAACAAUGGCUAUCCCGCCAAACCGUUCACGCCCACCCUCUCCGCAGCCUUUCACCGCAACAAGAAAGCUCCUUUGACCCCGAAGCUGGCCUCCCCGAGUCCUGGUCACCCCGCUACUCGUCGUCUCGCACAUCCUGAUCACCCCUAUUCUACACCCAUUAAAGAUGAGAUCACCGCCGUCCCUUCCACCUUCCUUAGCACCAAUGUCACCCCUCGAUCGGGCUCCCGUACGACUCGACGCGAUACAGCAUUUGCCUCGCCUACGAAUACCCCUCCUACUCCAUCCCCGCAGAUUCCAUACUCACAGCCCACCGUGGGCCUGGGACUCCAAGGAGCGCGGAGGACGGAGCGGAGCCCGGCUCGUGGGGUGAAACCAGAGCAGUCAAGGAGUCUGCGAGCCAAAACUUUGACUGCAGAGGGAUCGCAAGUCUCGCGUCCCAAUUCAUUCUCCGACAUGGCAGCCGCCUCCCCUAUGUUCUUCCAUGCAUCCGACGCACGAUCAACUGCUUCCUCCGAUUUGGAUACAUCCCGCCCUAGGCCAGGGCAGGCGCCGCUACAGGCACCAGCCCAGGGUAGGAUGUCUCCGGCCUCGAGCUUUAUGUAUGCAAACGGAGAUCAAGACCGGCAGGCUGCGGAUGACUCGUAUUUCUUGAGCACUGGCAAACGGCGGUCAGGGGGACUGCCUCGUCCUACACCUGCUAGAUCAGCUAUUUCUCCCUCCCCGCGUUUGAUGAAAUCCCCUCGACCAUCAGACGCUACAUCACCACUCGCCGAUGAUACACAUUCGCAACCCAGUCCAAACCCAGACAUGAGCUUUGACAAUAUUCUACAUCGUUUCGACUCUCCUCCGAGCAUCAUUCCCGAUAGACCACAACGCCCGUCUAUCGGCCGACAUACGAAAUCAAUAAGUAUUGAUUCGGCCAGCAACAUUUCAUUUUCGCAAGACAGUCUUCGUGCCAGUCCGAUUAUCGUAUCGAACAACUUGAACGACGGUACGACACCCGUGAUGUCUGAUCCAAUACCUACCCUUCGCCCUCGCAUCUUCAGCAACGGUUCUUCUGUCUCCACCAACCCACCUAUGUCGAUUCCUGUGAGCCCCGGGAAAUCCGAAGUUGGUGAAGGCGCCUUGAAUGCUCGCACGGAGCGCAAAAUUUUGGAUCUGGAGAUUAGCAACUCAUCACUGCUUGCCAUCAACCGAACUUUAGAGCGCGAAAUGCGGAACCAAAAGGCUGAGCUUCGACGAUUCCGACGCCUCAGCCGAUCUGGCCGUUUAUCCAUGGCACCUUCGGCCCGUUCGUUCUCCGGUACUGCACUGUCAACAACCAGUGAAAUGGAAGGAGUCAGCGAACUUUCAUCUAUCCGAUCUCAGGAUGACAUGUCUGAUUACAGCGACGAGGAUUCAAUAGCCGAUGAAGGCAUUCUGAGUCCAGGCUCGCUCGCAGAACAUGAUGCGAAACACCGAGCCCACGACGAGAAACGAUUUAUGGUCGACCUUGCCCGGCACCAGGAGCUUCUGGUUGAUAGUCAGAAAAUGAACCAGAGCCUUAAACGAUGCCUCGGCUGGACUGAAGAACUCAUCAAGGAAGGUCAGAAGGCCCUUGAAUAUAGUGUUCAUGUCCAGGACAUCGAAUUGGGCGGGCGGGUCUUGUCUCCUGAAGAACUCGGUGAGGUCGGCGAGAGUGGACGCGCACUGCUUAGCCCUUCUACCGAAUUUGCUGCUUUCCCUCCUCACGACACACCUUCCGAUUCCUUCUUUGACUUUGACGCAGCAACACUCCCUCUACCCUCGUCUCCAGGUGGGACUGAUUUAAUCUUCUAA